AUGAAUUUGGGAGCAUCGAGAUCUUCUGCUGACUUCAGUGUACCUCAUGAUCCAAGAGUAAAGAGUAAAUCUUUAUUAAGCACUGAAAACAAUGUUAGUACAUUUAAUACACUUCCAUCAUUAAUAUUAAAUGGGCAAAAUACUAUUCAAACUUCUUUUGCUCCAAAUACAAGCAGUUCGUAUCCCAAAUCAUUGGAGACUAAAGCACAAAAUGAUGAUGGUCAAUUUAGAAAUUCUGACAUAAUGCAUGGUAAGAUGUCCCGUACCAAGCCCCUAAUAAAAUAUCACGAUCCAAUGCUUCACGAAAUUCACAUUAAUGAUGCAUUCAGGAGAGAUUCAAGGACUUUGGAAAGUGUAAAAACAACUCCGUAUCUUAACCAUAAAAAAUAUAGGAAAGCGAAAUACAGACAACAAAAUAAAGGUUUUGCAAUAAAUAAAAACCAAAUAAACCAAGACCAAGAUAAAUAUCAUAGCUUAGUCAGUAAGAAAAUGGAAAAAAAUAACAUCAUUGGUUGUCCUUAUAAUAGUUUUGGACCUGUAAAUGAAACAGCUACUAUUAAAUUUAACAAGAUUCCUAAACUCAAAACAUUUGAGGAUAACAUAAAUAGCACAGCUGUCUUAAAAACUGAUGAAAAAUCCUUCAAAUUUCCUCCAGAAAUUAAUCUUGAAACUAUUGUUAAUAUUCCAAAUAAAGUAAUUAAGGAUCAACGUUCUUCUAAGUCUGAACAAAAUAGCGUUUUAAUAGACUAUAUAUAUCAAAAUAAGUCGAAGAAACAAAAGAAGUGUUCCAAGGAAAAAGAAUUUGAAAAAAUUAUAAAAGAUGCCGAUUGUUCAAAUAAUGAUAUAUGGGUUCCAAGUAGAAGAACAAGAAGUUCUGUGAAGCAAAAGGAAAUCUUAGAAAAUGUUAAUGUAAACAACUCAAAACCAAAAUUUGAGAUAGAUAUUAUAACAAAAAAUGAUAAAAAAAUUGAAUAUAGUGAAUGUAUUAAGAACUAUGACUGUGUAUCAAUUCCCGUCGCGGAAGAUGUUUGUGGACGGAAUGAAAUCAGACAUAAUAUUAUAUCAUCUCCAUCAAAAGAACAAUCAGGAGUUGUAAAUCCUACAAUAGCCAGAUGUAUAAGCCAACAAAAAAAUAUGGUUUCUACUAAUGAAAUUAAUUUUACAGCCGAUGAUCAUCGUAAAGUUGUUAACAAAUACUGGCUUGACUUAUUGAAAAAUCAAAAAUGUAAGGAUGCCAUUAAUAUAUUUCAAGAUAAAGAUAAAAUAAAAAAACAAAAGGAAAAGCAGAAACGGAAAAAAACAAAGAAAAAAGUUAGUGCAGAAUCUUCAAAGAAUUCUAACGAAGAAAGAAAAAAUAAAUUUUUAAAUUGCAUUUCAGAUGAUAAUAAUUUUAAUCAAGCAGAAAACAGAGUAGAAAUUAAAAAGAAAAAAAGCCAUUUAAAUAAAUUAAAUAAAGGAAGUACUAGUUUUGGAAACAUUUAUGGCCAUUUAUCAACUGGUCAACAUAAAUUAAAAUCUAAUGAAAGCUAUGGUAAUUUUGAAAUUCUUAAGGAUAGAUGCAUAUUUGAGAAAAAACAAUUAAAAAUUGUUAUUGCUAAACUUGAUGGAAAUAUUGAGGGAAGUGAAAACUGUAAUGCAGAUACUUCAACUAAUAAUAAUAUCCAAACCAAUAACAAACCAUUAAAUAUUAAAAGAGCUCAAGAAAUAAAAUAUAAGAAACCGUUUGUAGGUCCGUUGAGUGUUAAAUUAGCGAGACAAAAAAUGGAAAUGGAACUCAGUGAUUCAAAAUAUGAACGAGACAUUAAAAAUCAACUUAAAUUUGAAACUAGAAAAGUUAGAAAGAAAUCAAAAGCGGUUAAUAGAUUGGAUAAAAAAGAAAAGUUGAAUUCUGAAACUUAUAUUGUCAACAAGCCAAAAUUAAGAAAGGCUAGACGAUCAGAAUUAGAUAAACAUCGUGCUAAUAUAACUGGAACUUUUCAUUGUGAACCGGUAUUAAAUGCUUCAACUAAACGACUACGUAGAACCGAUAAAAAAAUUGACUAUGUAAAAACAAAUACUUCAACUAAUAAUUAUAGCCAAACCAAUAAUGAACCAUUAAAUGUUCAAAUACCUCAAGAAAUAAAAUAUAAGAAACCGUUUGUAGGUCCGUUGAGUGUUAAAUUAGCAAGACAAAAAAUGGAAAUGGAACUUAGUGAUUCUCAAUAUAAACGAGACAUAAAAAACCAACUUGACAUUGAAACUAGAAAAGUUAGAAAGAAAUCAAAAUCUGUUGAUAGAUUUGAUAAAAAAGAAGAGUUGAUUUCUGAAACUUCUACUAGUUUAAUGAUAGAACAACCAAUUGUUUUAAUACGUCCUUUUGAAAAUAACAAGUUACUAGAUAAAAUAACAGACUCCAAUAAACCAUUUAAGCAGAAUUCUAAGACAUCAACUUAUAUUGUUAACAAACCAAAAUUAAGGAAAACUAAAUCAGAAUUAGAUAAACUUUGUGCUAAUAUAACUGGAAUGUUUUAUUAUGAAAAUAUAAUAAAUGCUCCAACUAAACGACAAUGCAGAACCAAUAAAAAAAUUGACAAUGUAAAAACAAAAGAAGUUUCAUUAAAGGAAAAGGUAACUUCAAAUAUUGAAGUAUCGGGUUUGAAUGAAGAUAAAAGCAAGUUUAUCUUUAAGGUAGGAAAACCAAAAAACAUAAAAAAGAAAGUUCAAAAAUCAACAAUUGUAUUAAAUAAAAAGAAACAAUUUGUUAAAAAGUCUGUGGCAAACCAAACUAAUAAUUUUGGUGGUAAACCAGUCAUUCAACAGUGUCAAGUUAUUUAUGAAAGUAAAGACAAUGAUGAUCACAACCAACAGAUAAGUGUAACCGAUCUAAAUGCACAAGCAAAUGAUCAAAAACAACCAGAUUCUCUUUUUUCUAUCGAAAACAAAUGCUACGAACAAACUAUUGACGAAAUUGAACAGAAUUCAAUUAUUGAUGAGAGUACGCCAGAAUCAUCAAUAAUUCAUGUGAAUCUUCCAGUAUCAGUUAACGACAAAAUUCUGCCAGAGCUAAAUAUGCUUCAAUUUUUACCAGAACAAGCUAACCAAUCUCCUACAAAAGAAACAAGAAUUAGCACAGAACAGCCUGAGAUUCAAUAUUCUGAAUACACGUUCAAAGAAAAAUCAAAAACAUUUGUCUUGGCUGGUUUAAGUUGUGAAUUGAUAAAUUCAAUGUUAUUGUUUAAAUGUUCAGUAUCCAGUUGCCUGGAAAAAUUUUCAACGUCUGUUUUGAUUGAUUUUUCUAAACAUAUAAUUACAAAUCAUCAAUUUGUAAUAUGGGAUGGAAAUUGUGAAGCAUGUCAUCACAAAUCCUCGAUAAUAUCUGACCAAUACUAUGUAAAAGACGCGUUAGAACAUUUAAUUUCUCAUCAUUUAGUUCUAAAGAAUACCGAACAACAUCCCAAUGCUAAAGCAAAUCUUGAAGGAUUAUCUUCUUUUUGUCAAGACUCAGUAUCCGGUGAUAAAUUAUCUGUUCAUAAGCCUAGGAGUUCAAGUAUUAGCGAUAUUUGCGAUAUCUCUGUUAGUAAAUCACUAAGCGAUGAUACAAAUUCCAUUAUCAAAAACGUCAUUCAACAGUGUCAAGUUAUUUAUGAAAGUAAAGACAAUGAUGAUCACAACCAACAGAUAAGUGUAACCGAUCUAAAUGCACAAGCAAAUGAUCAAAAACAACCAGAUUCUCUUUUUUCUAUCGAAAACAAAUGCUACGAACAAACUAUUGACGAAAUUGAACAGAAUUCAAUUAUUGAUGAGAGUACGCCAGAAUCAUCAAUAAUUCAUGUGAAUCUUCCAGUAUCAGUUAACGACAAAAUUCUGCCAGAGCUAAAUAUGCUUCAAUUUUUACCAGAACAAGCUAACCAAUCUCCUACAAAAGAAACAAGAAUUAGCACAGAACAGCCUGAGAUUCAAUAUUCUGAAUACACGUUCAAAGAAAAAUCAAAAACAUUUGUCUUGGCUGGUUUAAGUUGUGAAUUGAUAAAUUCAAUGUUAUUGUUUAAAUGUUCAGUAUCCAGUUGCCUGGAAAAAUUUUCAACGUCUGUUUUGAUUGAUUUUUCUAAACAUAUAAUUACAAAUCAUCAAUUUGUAAUAUGGGAUGGAAAUUGUGAAGCAUGUCAUCACAAAUCCUCGAUAAUAUCUGACCAAUACUAUGUAAAAGACGCGUUAGAACAUUUAAUUUCUCAUCAUUUAGUUCUAAAGAAUACCGAACAACAUCCCAAUGCUAAAGCAAAUCUUGAAGGAUUAUCUUCUUUUUGUCAAGCUUCAGUAUCCGGUGAUAAAUUAUCUGUUCAUAAGCAAAGGAGUUCAAGUAUUAGCAAUAUUUGCGAUAUGUCUGUUAGUAUAUCACUAGGCGAUGAUACAAAUUCCAUUAACAAAAACGUGAAUCUAAACAUAAAUCAUGGUUCUAAUGACAAAAAGUUGACAUUAUCGAGUUUACAGAUUUCUGAUGUUAAGAGUUUAAAAAAGAGAAAAGUGAACACAUCUAAAAUAAACUCAAAUGCAUCUCAUAACGAAGAUCUUAAUAUGUGGAUGAAAUCAAAAACGAUUAGUGAAGUUGUUGUUUCAAAUUCCGAAACAUUUCUUGAAGAAGGUCAACAAAUUGUUAAUAAUGGUGUACCCAUAGAUGAUACAAUUUUUCUAAUAGAUACAGCAUAUACAAAAAAUUACUUUAGAAAAUUAAGAGAUUUUCCAAUGUCUGUGAUGAAAACACAAUUAGCUUUUAAUAAAAUGUCUGUUCUACCGAGACUAAUGGGUCUUUUUAAAUGUAUGGAAAGGUAUUGCACAAAAAUUUUUUGCUCCAAAAAAUUAUUUAAAUUACACAUGGCAAUACAUUUUUCAAAUGCAGAAAAAAAAAAAAACCAAAUUUACAAUGUUCAACAGUUUAAAAUGUGUGCCUAUUGCUUUAAAACGUUUGAUGAUGAAGAAUCUUUGGCUGACCACAUUGCUGAAAAAUACUCUUUUUGUGAAUAUUUUUGCCCUUAUUGUUUUUAUCGUGCUUAUACUGCCUCCCAUGUUUUUGUUCACCAAUCUGUAGUUCAUACCAACAUAUCCAAACCUUGUAUAAUACAACUUCAAAAUGAUGAUGCUGCUUUCGAAUAUCCAAGAGAACAGUUAUUGGUAGUAGACUUCAAGGAGUUUGUACUGCCAUACAAAUGUAACAUUGGUUGCUGUGGUUUUUCUUGUUAUCUGCAUCAUGAAUUUUUAGAGCAUUUGAAUCAAAAGCAUAAAAAAUGUGAUAAAUUCUGUUGUUACAUUUGUGCCAAUAAAGAUAACGGUGGUGGAUAUUUUGCACUCUGUCCAAGUUUAUUGAUUACACAUUUUAAGCUUCAUAACUUAAAUAAAUAUCAAUGUAUUUUCUGCUUAUUUGGUAGUGAAAUAAUUGAUGUAAUGAUAAAGCAUUUAGCAUUUGAACAUUUUGAAUAUGACCUUUUAUGCUUGGAGCGUUCUACGGUAUCUGAUGAUUGUGAAUCGAAAAACAUUAAAAAUCUAAAAAUAUUACGAUUGAAAAAAGUUAUUGAUGAUGGGGUAGUAGAGAUGGUCAAUUAUUUAUCUGCAAAACCAUUUUCUGAACCUGAAGCUGUGUCACAGCAAUCUAAAAAAAGAUUGAUUGAGUGUCCUGAUGAUAUCCUAUCAAUUGCUAUGAAAUCUGCUCGCUUUGAUGAAGGAUCUCAACCACCAGAUGCAAUUGUUAGUACAGUUCCCGAUAGUGUAGAAAUUGCUGAUAUCAGUACAUCAGCAGAGUUGACAGUACAUAAUAAUGAAUUUAUUAUAAUUGAUGAUGAUGAGAACCAAAAUGAUACGCAUGUACCACUGAAAAUAACUCGCGUUUGGUCUGAAUUUUUGAACAAGGAAAAAAAUUCUGAAGAGUCAUCAGAUGAUGAUAUUAUUGUUAUCAAUGAUGAAGAUGAUGUUGAUUUGUCAGAGAAAGAAAAUCUUAAUGAUUGUCUUAAAAAACAAAAAGAAUCAACCAAUGAAUCAAAUGAGGGCAAAAGAUUGGUAUUUCCAAUUGAAUUGGAUAAAUUGUUUGUUUGUAAAAAAUGUGAAAUAGUUUUUUCAAAUGGAGCAAUGUAUUGUGCCCACCUUAAGUCUCGGUGUCCUUUUUGGGACAAAGUGGCUGGACAGAAAUGUAUGUAUUGUGAUAAAGUAUAUAAAAUGGCUAAAAGCUUAAUUGAACAUAUCAAACUUCAUGGACCUGAUCGUUUCAAUUGUUCUUUAUGCAAUUUAAAAGUACCAACUCAGCGAGCUAUCACACGUCAUAUGAAAAAGCAUAAUAUUAUAAAUAUAAAUUUUGUACCUGAUUGUUCUAAUUUAACCGAUUUCGAUAAAGAUUACUUUACUGUAUUUGAAAAUAAGACAGUUAACACCGAGAAGGAGGAAGAGUUACCUUGUAAUCAGUGUCCAUUUAAGGGCAGCGUUCUUGAGAUUAUGUCUCAUAUGAUAAUUUAUCAUACUGCUGAGCAAAAUAUGGAUGAUGGUGAACAACAACCAAAUGAUUCAAAUAACUCCACCAAUUCUUUAAUACGUCAACAAGUUGAACAACAAAAUACAAGGUUGAAAAUAAAACGUUUUACUGUUGAUCAAGUGGUUGGACAUCAACAUAAUAAUAUGUUAUCGACUGAAUUGAAUAAAAACAGUAAAACUAUAUUAGUUAAUAAUAAAAGGAAGUCUUAUUCUCCAACUAGAAAAAAUAAUAUUGCGCACAAGAAAAAAGUAUUAGUCUCUCAAUUUAUCCCUGAUCCUGUAUCAAAUGAUGAUAUCAUUGAUCUGGUAGAUGACUCUGAUACAAAUAAUUAGGUACAUCUUACAAUGUUAAGAAUUUUUUUGUCGAAUGCUAAUUUU